CCUACGGUCUGUUAUCUGGGCUCCGCGACCGGCGCGUUCUUCUUUCCCCGGGGUAAACUCCCUGGCUAAGGAAUUGGUUCCUAACCCAACGGAAUCCAGCGCCCGGCGACGCCGGGUCACGUGGCCGGCGGCCCCAUGACGUGCGGGCUACGGGGCGUCAGCGUGACGUUCGGGCGACCUGCCGAGUGGCCCCAGUACCUGCGUCACCUGUGUGGCCGCGGCGCUGUCAUGGACCUGGGGCCGAUGCGCAAGAGUUACCGCGGAGACCGAGAGGCAUUUGAGGAGAACCAGCUGACCUCCUUGGACCCCAUGAAGCAGUUUGCUGCCUGGUUUGAGGAGGCUGUUCAGUGUCCUGACAUAGGGGAAGCGAAUGCCAUGUGUCUGGCUACCUGCACCAGAGAUGGAAAACCAUCUGCCCGCAUGGUGCUGCUGAAGGGCUUCGGCAAGGAUGGCUUCCGCUUCUUCACUAACUUGGAGAGUAGAAAGGGGAAAGAGCUGGACUCUAAUCCCUUUGCUUCCCUUGUCUUCUACUGGGAGCCCUUAAACCGUCAGGUGCGCGUGGAGGGUUCCGUGAAGGAGCUACCCGAGCAGGAGGCCGAGAGCUACUUCCACUCCCGCCCCAAGAGCAGCCAGAUUGGGGCAGUGGUCAGUCACCAGAGUUCCAUGAUCCCGGACCGGGAGUAUUUGAGAAAGAAAAAUGAGGAGCUGGAGCAGCUCUACAAGGAACAAGAGGUGCCAAAGCCAAAAUACUGGGGUGGCUACGUCCUGUACCCACAGGUGAUAGAGUUCUGGCAAGGCCAGACCAACCGCCUGCACGACCGGAUCGUCUUUCGACGGAGUGCACCCACAGAAGUCUCCCCUUUGGGGCCCAUGACCCACCGCGGGGAGGAGGACUGGCUCUUUGAGAGACUUGCACCCUGAUCCCCAGUCCACUGGUGCCAGAUGGAGCUGGAGCUGGGGCUGGCAGCUAAGAGAGGGUGUGAAUGGGGAGUCAGGCCCUUCUAAACUCAACCGAGUUCCCUCCCCACCCCUUAUAUUUAAGGCUCUUCAGAGUCUAGGCUACCAAAUCUGUACUCAGCUGGCUCUCAGUUAGCUGGUCUUGUGAAGUGUAGCAAGGGCACAGAGAAUCAUAAAUGGAAAAUAAUCCCAUCGUUUUCUUGA